CACAUUGUAAAUAAAGGAAUGCCGGCAAGUGCCUUUUAUGCGAACUGCAAAACGAUAAGUCAGCAUGGUUUUAAAACAUCCAGGCUGAGCUGAGAGUUACCUCUUGCUGUACCCUGACUUAUCAACAACAUGGCCGACGACGUUGAAGACAUCACGCGGCGGCCUUCCAUUGGGCGGGACGAUCUGGGCGAGAGACCCCGGCCAAAGGCGCGCAUCGAGGAGCGCCCCCACAUUGCGCCCCGCCCCGGAGCGGCGCCAUCCACAUCAGCUAAUCCAGAGAUCUCAGCUGCGCACGUAUCUGCGGGCUCCGAUGCUGCUAGCGCCGGUGCGGAGGCAGGGGGGUUCCAGCUGCCUGCAGGGUACUCCCUGCUGCUCGUGCCUACGGCAGCCGUGCAGCAGGCGCAGGCGCAGGCGCCGCAACAGCAGGCCCUGAUUCCAGACGGCGAGCCAGCAACAACUGCAUCGCCCGCACCUGCAGCUCCAGCCACAACAGCUGCGCUCUUGUCCGUGGCACCCUCCGGCGCCUCCUACACCUCCGCCACUGGCACUCUGCUACAGCCGCCGCAGCUGUACGCGGUUGCCGGCAACAGCCCCACCACUAGAGGCGGCGCCGCCACGCCACCAUACGCACACGCGCACACAGCCAGCCAGCGGCACCUGGCCGCGCUGGCAGCACUGCUAGCCGGCGGCGGCAGCACCGCCGGCCUGGCACCGGUGCCGGUACCGCCGCUGGUACCGCCGCCGGUACCGCCGCCGGGGCCGGGGCCUGACCCACAUCAGCUGCUGGCCAGUCAGGACCUGCACCCGGCAGCAGCCGCCGCCGCCGCGGCCGAUGCACUCCCGUUUCCCGUGCCCCUUUCUGGCGCCAGCCUUGCACCGUUUCCCGCGCCCCUUUCUGGCGCCAACCUUGCUGCCGCCGCGGCCGCCACAGCCGCCGCACCGUCAGCGGCGCCCGGCUGGUCUUCCGCGGGCUUCAGCACUCUCACCGCGGCGCUGCAGGCGGCCCCGGCGGCGGCGGCGCUGCCGCCAUCCACCGCCACCUCCAUCAUCGCGCCGCCGGCACCCCUGCCGGGAUCGGCGGCGCCGCCAGCGCCCUACGGCACGCUCGCGUCCCCAGCGCGCACAGCGGCGACUGGAACCGGGGCGGCGGCGGCGGCGGCGGCGGCGGCGCGGCAGUCGCACCAUGGCCGUCACGGCGGUCGAUAUGCCGCCAGCACCGCUGCCGCCUCGUCCGUGUUUGAUGACAGUGACAGCUCAGAUGAGGAGCAGGAGCUGGCGCGCCGCUCCGCGCGCAUGCAACCGCGCCUAGCGACCACAGCCGCCGCUGCUACAGCCGCUGCCAAUGCCGCUGCUGCAGCUGCAGCGGCUGCUGCAGCCGCGGGCGUGGUGCCGGGCUCGAGCCCGUCGGUGGGCGGGAUGGGCAUGGUGGCAGCGGCGGGGUUGGGAGGCGAGCGGGUGUUGACACGUGCGCCCACGUCGACGGCGCUUGCGGCUGAGGCGGUGGUGGCGAAUGCGCUGGCGUUGCAGCAGCAGGCGGCGGUGGCGGCGGCGGCGCAGCAGCAGCAAAUGAUGGCGCUGCUACAGCUGCAGCAGCAGAUGCUGCAGCAGCAGGCGCAGCAGAUGAGUCAGCAGCAGCAGAUCAACGCCCUCACCCGGCAGGACGGACAGGGGCAGCAAGACGCGGCGGUGCUACAGCCUCAGCAGCAGGUGCUACAGCCUCAGCAGCAGGUGCUACAGCCUCAGCAGCAGGUGCUACAGCCUCAGCAGCAGGUGCUACAGCCUCAGCAGCAGGUGCUACAGCCGGGGCAGCAGCAGGGACAGGCCGCCGGGCUGUCGGGUUUCCCAAGCUCGGGGCUAAGCGGCACGGCGGCCGCCGCCUCUAACUCCACAACUGCUACUGCCAGUAGGGCACCUUCGGGGGCAGCAGCGGCGGCGGCUGCGCAGGGCGGAGGUGCGCCCGCGGCGGCGUCGCCGCCACCGCCGCCGCCGCCCAGCCGGCCAGCGGCCGCCUGCGCCGCAGGCAUCAUCGGCGCCAGCACUCCUACCAUCGCAGAGGGGGACGAGGAGGAGCCGGAGGAGGGAGGAGGUGGCGGCGGUGGGCGUGGCGGGGGCGGCGGGGCCCUGAUCGGCGGGGGCUCGCUUUGGGCGGGCUCGGUUUCGGGCGACGUCAAUGAUGGCGACGGCGGUGGAGGCGGAAGCGGGGGUGGGGGUGGUGCCGGGGGCGGCGGCGUGUCGGGCGAGGGGGACAUCGACCCACUGCCAUCGACGUCGACGUCCCAGCGCCAGAACGCGGCCCUGCAACUGGAGUACCUGCGGCAGUGGAGCGAGGUGCGGCCGUACGGUCGAAGCAGUACGGGCGUUACGGCUGGAACCGGCGGCCGUGGCGACGGCGGUGGCGGCGGCGACGGCGAUGGCGAUGGCGAUGGCGAUGACCAUGGCGAUGCAACCGCAGCAAGCGGUGCGGCGGCGGCGCCCGGUGGUGCUGGCCGGCAGCAGGCGUGGCCGGCGGCGGCGGGCCAGCAAGACCUGGGCGCCCAGAGGGAGGGGACGCUGGGUUCCAGUCUGGUGGCGGAGGUGGAGGCAGCUGCGGCGACAGCGGCGGCGGCAACAGCGGCAAAAGCGGCGGCAGCGGCAGCAGCGGCGGCGGAUGGCGGGCUCCGUGAUGGCGGCGCGGCGGCGGCUGCAACCGCCGCAGCAGCCCCCGCCGCCGUCCAGCUGCCGCCUGCAGCUGCAAGCGCCAGCGCCGCCGCUGGGGCGACGUCGCACUUAGCGUCACCGCACCUGACGUCGCCUUUCGAAAACGCAGCUCCGAGCAUCAUUGCCGGGACGUCUCCGCCGCCGCCGCCGCCAGCUUCAGCGGGUUCAGCCGCCGCCUCGCCCGGCCCCACAGCACCGGCAGCCCCGCCCGCGCUGCUCCUGGGCGGAGGCGGUGGAGGCGGCGGAGGCGGCACACUGCAGCAGCCCCUGCUGCUGCCGCCCGGAGCAAUGCUCAUAUCCGCGGCGCCGCCGCUACAGCCGGGCACAGCUGCUACAGCCGCCUCCGCCGGCACUGCUGCUACAGCCACUCCUGCUGCUACAGCCACCGCCGCGGCCGCGCCUGCCGUCCCGCUGGUGGCGGCCAACGGCAGUAGCUUGCUUGGAGCGCUGGAGGUCCCGGCGGGCGCCCUGAACGCGUUGCUACAGCGGCAGGGGUUUUCAAUGCUGCCCCCCUCUCACGCCGCCACUUCCCUCCACCAACAGCAAAAUGCAACCCAGCAGCAGCACCAACAGCAGCACCAACAGCAUUUGCGAGUCAGUAUGGAUGCCGGCUCUGCGACUUCGCUGGUGGGGCUGGCAGCACAUGGGCUGCUGCUGCCGCCGGCGCCGCCAUCGCAAGCGGGCCUGUCGCACCAGCAGUAUACCAGUGUGGGGCAGUCGCAGGCGGCAGCCGACGCAGCCGCGGCGGCGGCGGCGGCGGCUGCAGCCGCGGCCGCAGCUGCGGUGGCGGCGCAGGAGGCGGCGGCGGCUGGCGGCAAGCCUGAGGCGCCCAACGCCGACCAGGUGGCUGAGAACCUGGAGAACAUCGACGCCCUGGCUCUGUUUGACAGCGACGAUGAUGACGACGUGCUGGAGGAGGAGCAGCCGGCCUGGCACAGGCGGCCCGCGGCGGUUCGGCUCAUGGUGUCGCUGGGCCUGGGCCUGGUGCUGCUGCUGGUUGGCGUCAUCCUGCAGAACGUGCUGUCUGACGUCAGCACAGCCGACAACGCCUUCCGCUGGUUGUACUUCUUCGCGGCGUGGCCGCUGCUGUUCUACGCGCUGGGGUACGGCACACGCAAGGCCUUUGAGCUGCUUGAGUGGUGGUUCUUCCGCGAGAGCCUGCUGUACCUUCAGAGUGUGCAGCUCAAGGCGGCUUGGCUCAUCUUCUUCCUGGUGCUGCUGCCCUGGUUCAAUGUGGUGUUCAGGUGGGCAUGGUGCGCCCCCACCGCCGCCCAGCCCAAGCGCUGCGAGACCGCCGCAUACCUGCAGGCCACCCACAUCGUGUGGAACGUGCUGCUGUGCCUCAUGCUGUUCUGCCUGGCCAACCUGCUCAAGGCAGUCCUGGCCAAGUUGCUCACCACGCACUUCUAUCGCACCGCCCACUUCAAGAAACUCAAGAAGGCGCUGGAGAAGGAGUACGUGCUGCAGGUGCUGUCUCGUCCCAAGCGGUUAGUCAUGAUGGAGCGGGCGCACGCAGCGGCGGCGGAGGCGGGCGCCGCCGGCGGCUGGUUCGGCGGCCUGUCCAUUUUCCACGGCGGCGGCGGCGGUGCCGGCGGCGGCGCCGUCAGCACCCGCCGCAACAACACCGCCGCCGCCGCCGCCGCGGCAGCCGCCAUGGCGUCGCCGCCGGAGGAGGAGCAGGAGGCGGGUGCUACUGCCAGUGCCCCGGCUGUAGCUGCUGCUGCAGGUGCUACAGCCGCCGCUGCUGCUGCCGCCAAUGGCACGGGUGGCGUGGCUGUAGCACUGGACCCCCGCAGCGGCCGGCCCCACCAAGAGGAGGUGGAGCCGGGCAUUGCAACUGCUGCUAAAGCCGCCGAUUUGUCAGCAGCCGCAGCAGCUGCAGCUACUGCUGCUACAGCCAUGGUGGCGGUGGGCGGCUCCGGGGUGGCAGCGCCGGCCAAGCUGCUACAGCCGGCGGGCAGCAGCUCGGCCUCGCCGCAGCGGCAGGCAGGGGUGGUGGCAGUAGCGGCUGUAGCAGGGGGCGUGGAAGGAGGCGCGCAGAUGGCGGCGGUGCCGCCGCCACCGCCGCGGGGUCUGGGGGAGGGGCCGGGGCAGCCGAGCCUGGGCGACGGCACCCUGCCUGUGCUACAGCCUAGCCAGCAGGCCAGCCUCCUCUCCGCAAUGAGCGCCGCCCCGCAGCUACAGCCGCCGCCGCCGCAGCAGCAGCUACCGCAGCAGCAGCAGCAGCAGCCACAGCCGCCGUCACGCAACAUGCUACCCAUCCCGAUGCCGCCGCCGCCGCCGGGGCUGCUACAGCCGCCUCCCUCACAGCUGCAGCCGGCACAACAAGCGGCGGCGCCGGGUCCCGGGGGCGGCUGCCUGAACGUACACACCGUGCCAGCCGGCAUGCUGUCAACCACCUCCACCCUCGCCGCCACCCCUUCCCAGCCGCCCACUGCUACAGCCGCGGCGGCAGUAGCAGCAGCGGCCGCACCCGCGGCGACGCCCCUGCCCGUUUCUUACUCCGCCGCCAGCGUCGCCGGCGUCACGCCGCCGCCGCCACCCUCUCCAUUCCCACCUCCACCAGUGCCCCCCUCCUCGCCACAAGAACCGACACACACGCCAGCACCCUUGCCAACGCCCUCGUCCACACCCGCACCCGGGCACGGGCACGGGCCGGCUGUCAAGUUCCUGUCGCCAGCGCCCAGCGGUGCUACUGCCACAGCCGCCGCGGCCGGCGGCAGUAGCACCAGUGCCGCGGCCGGCGGCGGCAGUAGCGUUUUCGGCGGCUUGGGGCCUCGGCUGGCGGCGGGGCUGGGCCUGCGGCGCAGCGGCGACAGCCACAGCAGCUCGCGCGCCUCCCACCCGCACAAGGCCAAGGGCAGCGGCGGUGGUGGCGGGAGGGGCGGCAGGACCCUGCCGGCGGUGUCGGAGGUCCCGGACGGCAGCGGCCCGGCCACGUCGGCAGGCGCGGCGGGGGCUGCGGUGGUGAGCAAGGAGGGCCUGACGUCGGCCAUGGUGGAUGUGGUGCCGCCCGGGAACACCCUCACAGCCAACAAGCCUCUGGGCGCGCUCAAUGAGGAUGAGCUGGAGAAGGUGCGUACAGCCAUCGUGAUCAAGACCCAGAGCGCGCUGAUCGGCAAGUAUGCGGAGAAGAGCGACGAAGACAUGGCCAAGGAGCUGGGUCGGGUGCGGCGGUUCGCCAAGGCCCUGUUCUACAAUGUGCUGCCGCCGCCUGCGGAGCAGCAGCAGCAGGGGCCGGCAGGCCUACUGGGUCCACACGCGGCGGCGGCGGCGGCGGCAGCGGGCGGGGUGGGCGGCUCACAGGGUUUCCUGCCGGGAGCACAGCCGCCGCCGCCGCCGCCGCAGGGGUAUCGCGACUACCUCGUUUUGGCGGACUUCUUGCCCUUCUUCGAGGAUGCGGACGCAGCCACGGCGGCGGCGGCGGCGGCGGCGGCGGCCGCGGGCGGCAGUGCGGAGACGCAGGCGGCGGUGGCGGCGGGUGCGCCGUCACAGGGCCCUGGCGGCGGCGGCGGUGGCGGCGGCGGCGGCGGCGGCGGCAAGAUGCCCUCGCGGCGCGGCCUGGCGGCGGCGUCGAUGACGGCGGCGGCGCAGGGUGGCGGCAAGGAGGAGGGCGCCGCUGCUGCUGCCGCUGCUGCUGCGGAUCUCGCCGCCAAGGUGGCCGCCAAGAACGCCGCGGAGCGCGCCCGCGCCGCCCGGCUGAAGGCGGCGGAGGAGGCGGCGCGCAAGGCGUUUGCGGUGUUUGACGCCGACGGCAAUGGCGAGGUGACGAGGUCGGAGGUGCGGGAGGCAGUGGUGAACAUCUACAAGGAGCGGCGCAACAUGGCUCGCAGCCUCAAAGACACCGAGACCAUUGUGCAGUCCCUGGAGUUCGGCAUCGGCUGCCUGAUCCACUUUGUGUUCGCGGCUGUGUACCUUCUCAUCUGGGGCGUGGACCUGCUCACCGGCUUCUCCACAUUCAGUGCCACUGUGCUGGCGCUCACCUUCGUGUUCGGGAACAGCGUCAAGAACAUGUAUGAGUCGAUGCUGUUUUUGUUCGUGACGCAUCCCUACGACGUCGGCGAUUGCAUCCUGGUGGGGGUCGGCGCCGACAUGUAUCGCGUCAAGAAGAUAUCGCUGCUUUACACCGACCUGGUCAAGAGCAACGGCGAGCGCGUGUACAUGCCCAACACAGCACUGAUCACCGUGGGCAUCACCAACUGGACCCGCUCCAAGUCCUCAUCCGGCUCCGCCAGGCUGGUGUGCGACCUGGGUGUGGCGUGGGAGGUGCGCGAGGACCUUCAAGCGGCACUGCGGGCCUACGCGAGGGAGCACCCAGGCGAGUUUGACGGCGAGCCCAGCUGCAACUUCCGAGAAAUGGCGGACCCGCUCAAGGUGGUGCUGGUGUGCUCCUGGACCUACAGCUUCGCACCGGACGAGUUCUCCCGGCUGGGUCCGGCCCGCAACGGCAUGGUAUACGUGGUGCAGCAGAAGGCGCACGAGCACGGCCUGAUCUACAGCCAGGCGGCAGCGCGGUGACACGUGUGUGUGUGUGUGCCUGUGUGUGUGUGUGUGUGUGUGUGUGUGUGUGUGUGUGUGUGUGUGUGUGUGUGUGUGUGUGUGUGUGUGUGUGUGUGUGUGUGUGUGUGUGUGUGUGCGUGUGUGUGUGUGUGACUAGUGUGGCACGGGUGUGUUGUGGGGUCGGUGGGAGGUCCAUGGGAGGACAUACGUACAUACGUGCAGGGCCGCCCCCGGGCGCUGCUGUCUGCUGGUGCACUGCUGCCUUGCUCGGGGUGAGUCUUGAGGGGGGCGGGGAACGAGGCACCGGCUCGCCAGGCAAACGCGAAGCAUACACGUGGCGUGUGGGCGUACGCGUGGUGGGGGUGAGGAGUUAAACGGAGCGAGGGAGACCGCUUGAUUGGAAAGGGUCAUCACCGGCGACUGCAACUCUGCAAAGUGCGCAAGUCAAUGACGCAGCCUGCAAGCGUAAAGCGCAAAGUCGCAUGGUGCAGUUUUGGCAAAUCACAGCAAGGCGUGAACCAAUAAUAGGCAAUAGCCCACAGCGGAGGGACAAACAAAGGGGCGCGGCCCGCGGGUCAUGCAGGCGGCUGAGCAGGCUUCGUCGCCUGUAUGCACACUUGGACUGCAAUCCCAAUUAUCAUACAUAUAUAAGCGGAAGCUCAAACUGGAUGCGCCUGAAAACCGGUGGGGGCCCUGACUGACCCACGCGGCCCAAUCAAACGCUGUGGUAAAACGCC